AUGUCAGGGACUAGGGAUGAGAAUGUCUCAUUUCUGCCAACAACAGAGAAAGCCUCAGAUGCAGAGUACCCGCUCGAAGAUUUAAGCUCGUGCUAUAUGGAUGAAGACCCCGAAGGCGCGGGGGUUCGAUCCAGCGACGAAUUCGAGUUGGACGACGAUCUAGAAUUGGGCGAUGUGCCCCUUCUCCCUGCAGAAUUUGAUCGACUUCACCACCUUGGGGAUUCUGAAUCCGAUACUGUACUAAAUCCAGGAUUCGCGUGGCGUGACUUAAAACGUAGCCCGCUGCGUACUUUCCGAGCCUUGCUGCAGGGACCCACGGAGCCUCACGUCUACCAUAUCAAUCCCUGGUUUCCUAAAUUGCAGGCUGCGCCUGCGCGCAUAUUUGAGCAGCUGACACCGCAGAAGUGGAUGAAAGUUACACUACUUUUGGCUGGACUGAUCGUCUGGAUUGCUGUGUUUUUCUCCACUUUGAAAGCCUCUGUGGGCAAGACGGUGUUGGGAUAUGGAGCGCCACUUAGGCUGUCGUGUCACCACCGCUUGUGGUCUAAUGCCACAGAUUGUGGGUUGAAUGGGGAGUUAUGCCAGCCUUUCGAUGGGGACUCGUUCGCCUUUCGCUGUCCGGCUGGUUGUGCAAAUGCAAUGAUCCUGGAGCCAUAUUAUAUCGGUGAACAGGAGGUCAAUUAUCGGCCUCUGGUAAUCGGUGGCAAGCCAUUCAGAGUCGAUCGCCUAAAUAGUGGUAUUUACCGCGGCGACUCAUCCAUCUGCGCAUCCGCAUUCCAUGCAGGCCUUAUUGAUAACUCAAAGGGCGGUUGUGCCAUUUUGCGCCGUAAAGGCGAGCGAGAUAAAUUCCAAUAUUUUGCUCAGAAUGGCAUCGAUAGCAUCGAGUCCCUCUCUCAUUUUCCUAUGUCAUUCUCUCUUACCCGUCAGGCUUCAUCCUCGGGGUCUACCCAGGCGAAGCCGGUUGAAUGCUCUGACAUACGGUGGUCCCUACUUAGCUUCACUGCAGUGGUGACUGCUCUUUAUUCCAUGACCAUGACAUCAGCGCCAGUAUUUUACAGCGUUGUUUACUUCCUCGUCUGGUUCCAGGUCGCCAUGGCUUCCGAUCCACCCGCCUCGGACUUCUAUGAUCUCAUUUCAAUUGCUAUGGGUCGAUUUUUACCAGGAGCAUUUGUGGGCUUUGCCAUUUACUACUUCGUCGUGCGGCGGACUCUCGACAAUCUCGAGGCACAUCUGGACAAAACUAUCCUCUGGCUAGGGGGCUGUUGGUUCGGCGCCCUAAACACCGACACAUUUGAUCGCCUCCCAAUCUCUCGGCUUACGCCGCAUGAUAUCCAACAACAACCAGGCGCCGUGACGGCCCUUCUCAGCAUCAUCGCAUUUCUCAUAUUCGUCUUCUUCCUUCAAGCAUACUGUUUCCGUCAAGAAGGUCGCCUUCCAACUAUGCUCCGCCUGUAUGGUAUUUUCGCCAUCAUCAUCAUCAUUUUAGUCGCUGUGCCCGGUCUGAAUCUUCGCAUCCAUCACUAUAUCAUCGCGCUCCUUCUACUCCCAGGCACAUCGCUUCAAACACGGCCCAGUCUCUUAUUCCAGGGCAUUCUAGUCGGCCUCUUCAUCAACGGUAUCGCACGUUGGGGUUUCGACUCCGUUCUCCAAACACCUGCCGCACUCCUUGAAGGAGGCCGCCUCGGCACACCCCCGCCGGCGAUCACCCCGCCUGAAUUGAUAGAUCAGCAUAACCUUCGCUUCACAUUCCCCGAUCUGCCUUCACAUGUCGAUGGCAUCAGCGUUAUCGUCAACGAUGUACAACGUUACCAGGGGCUCAAAUCGACGCAGAACGGCAAUGUGCCAGACUUCUUCUGGACGCGUAAGUUUGCCAAUGAGGUUGAGUACAUGCGUUUUGCAUACUUGCAUGUCAAUACCCUUGGUGGUGUUUGGUAUGAAGAUUUAUCGAGUGCUUCGACGUGGGCUACUGAUGGAAACUUCUACUAUCCUAUAUAG